AUGCCUCUUCAAGAGACGGUCACAAUUAUCAACAACUCUGGCAAGAUCAUUACCACGGGAAAACACCUGUUUGCCAUCUUCAAGGACGCCAAAGCCGCCUACCAAGAGAAAAAAGCGGCCCUCAAAUCGGAGCGCUUCGGCGGCAUUCAGCGUGCCCAAACGUUCGACGUAGCCCCGCGCGAACCUGUCUACGAUGACGGCGUCGAGUACGUUGACCCGUACUACGAGCAGUACGACCACGAUCCGAGGUACAUAGAAGACCGGAGGUAUUCCCAGGAUGAUCUCGAGAGGCGGUCGCACGGGUCGUCCCGCUCGCGGAGGACACACCGGUCCCACCGGAGCAACCACGGCGGUAGCCACCACCACCACCACAACGCCCGGCCGGCCCUGACCGAGUCAAAUCUGAAAACCUUGUCGGAGGUAUCUGCCACGACAGCUUCGGCACCGCCCGUCGCCUACCGAUCCCCGUAUGCCGAGACCGCGCCACGGGACAUGGCCCUCUCCCGCCCCACCCUCGCCCGAGCUCCGACUGCACCUGCCGGAGCGCCUACCCUCUAUAACAAUUAUCCUCCGAGCGAAUCGAUGCCCAUAUCAUCGCCGCGUCAGUCUAUGGCUGUGGCUAGGCCAAGGUCAAACCCCUCCCUAAGGGAACGGUCCAAGUCUAUCGACCUCAACCUCGCCUAUGGCAACAUUCCGCCCGAUCUGGCGUCCCGGGUCGACCUCGAUCCCCAACACAAGGAACUGCAGCACGAGACCGAAGCAAAAGGAUUGAUGUCCAAGAUUGAGGGCCUGUUGUCCGAAGCCCAGUGCCUCCACCACUCGGCCAGCGCCAUCAUCACAAACCUGCAGAGCAAUCCCGAAAGGGCCGCUGCUGUCGCCUUAACUUUGGCCGAGCUGUCGGCGCUGCUAGGCAAGAUGAGCCCGGCGUUUCUCGGCGUUGUCAAGGGCGGUAGCCCUGCUAUCUUUGCUCUUCUUGCGAGCCCUCAGUUCCUCAUUGGCACCGGCAUAGCCGUCGGCGUCACCGUCGUCAUGUUUGGCGGUUGGAAGAUCAUCAAGCGCAUCAAGGAGGCGCAAGAGCAGCAACAGGGUGCGAAGAUGGCAUUCGAAAUGCAGGAGCAGAUGCCUGCACCCCCACCGCCAGGUGGCCCGGGCUUCCAGCAAGGUGCCGCUUUCGCUGGUGGGCCCGGCUCCUUCGAUGAGGCCUACAUUCUAGAGGAGGAACUGAGCACCAUUGAGACGUGGCGUAGGGGUAUCGCGCCGUAUGGCGAGGACGAGAGCGCCGACCUGGAGCUCAUCAGCCCGGAGGCCAUGCGCUCGAGGAUAGAGGUCAGCAGGUCUACUCGGGAUGGCGACGCCAUGUCCCGCCGCAGCGAGAGGACACACAGGACGCACAAGUCCCACAGAACCCACAAGAGCCGCGGCCAUCACAGCAGGCGUGGGAGCGAUGAUGACGACGACGCCCAUACUGUGCCCGAGCGCAAGAGCAGUAAAGGUUUCAGCACCAAGAACAAGGAGGACCGGGACGCCGCGAGUGUCACGAGCAGCCAUCGCAGCCACCGCAGCCACAAGAGUCACAGGUCCUCGGCCUCGAAGCGCACUGAGCGCGUCGAGCUCAAGGCCAUCGAGGAUGGGAGCCGUCAGGCCGAAGAGUCGUCGCUCGACCUUGUGCUGCGCCCGAAGGAGAAGAAGAACAACAUGCUCAAGACGCUGUUCAAGAAGAAGAAGGAGAAGGAGGAGCACGACAGGGUCAAGGUCGGCGUGUCGGUUCUGGUCUGA